AUGGCGCCGCGCCCAUUCUCCUGGUGUACUUGCGGCAACUGGACCUACAACUUCCGCCUGCUGCACAACGGCGGGAUGUGCGGCAAGUGUGGUGCGCAGGCCACGCUAUUCCAGCCCGACGCUGCAGCGGCGAAAGGCAAAGGUAAAGGAAAGAAAGGCAUGCUGGGCAACAAGGGCGGCAAGGGCGAGGCUACGCCGGCCUGGAACAACACUGGAGGAGGCAAAGGCCCUUACCCGUGGUCCAAGGAGCCUGACGUUUCGCAGAUGCUCGCCAUCCUCUCGAACGUCCCCGCCCUCGCGGCGCACGCCGACGUGUUCCGCCAGGCUGGCACUUCCUUCAAGGCGAGCAAGGCGAAACCGGUGUCGCCCAACCAGGAGGUGUACCGCAGCAGCCAGACUUUGGAGAAGAAGGAGAUGGCGCUCCAGAAGGCCUCGGCGGACGUCGUCAAGCUGGAGUCGGCUCUCCAGGAGGCGAAGCUGUGGCUGCACCAGACGGCGGAGGAGGCCCUCUCCGCAAAACGGGCCCACAACAUUGCUGUCAAGGCCCUCGCGGACUCCACGGGCGCUGCCAAGACGCAGGACGGCUACACCGCAGACGGCAAGAAGAUAUACCUGGCGUUGGACGAGUUCGACUUCGCAGCCAGCGACGAGUUCGACGACACCCAGAAGGCGCAGCUCCAGGCCAUCCAGACGCAGGUGGAGGAGCACUGCAAGCAGGUGGCGGACCUCCAGAAGACGAUGCAGGAGGCGCUCAAGAGCGUCAAGGAGAUCCGCGCAGCCCCAGCGAAGCGGCAGCGUGGCCAGGACGGCGCCGUCCCUGGCCCAGGCGCAGCCGAAGCCGAGGGCCCUGACGAAGACCAGGCACCUGCUGCAGCGGAGGACGGCCCCAGCUUCGCCGCCUCAGAGAGCGACAUCGCCGCCAAGAUCGCGAGCGCCAGGGAAGCCACGCUGGCCAACAUGGGCGACUUCCCUCCCCUGGGCACUGGCAAUGGCUGUGCGACCGCGCAGCCGCCCCUUCCGCAGUAUGCAGCGAGCAGCGACGCACGGGCUCCAGUUCCAGAGAACUGCGACGCGACGUACUUCUUCUCGAACAUCUCGGAGUGGGGCCCGCAGGCGGAGGGAUUCAUGCAAGCCCAAGCCGAGCAGUACGACGUUAUAGGCUUCGCGGAGAUGCACCUGCGAGGCGUGAAGAUCCUGGACUUCACCAAGAAGAUCAGCAAGGACGGUUGGAAAGCCGCCGUCACGGCUGCAGUGCCGUCGGGCCGAUCGACGGAGGGCACGACGGGCGGCGAGGCGAUCAUAUCCAAGCGCUCCCUGGCCACGACGUCGUUCGAGGGGCGGCGCAAGCACGAGAUAGAGCGAUCCGCAGUCGACCCCUUCCAAGGCUUCUGCCCCACGACGUGGCACACGAGGGCAGGCAACAUAGUGGUCACCUCCGCGUACAUGCAGCCGAAGCACGGCAUGACGGGCGUCAACGAGAAGAUGAUGAUCAGGUUAGCCAGCUUCAGCAACAUGAUAUCCGACCCGUGGGUUGUCCUGGCCGACUGGAACAACCCGCCAGAGGCAUGGGCUGGAACCAAGUGGCUUCGCAAGAUUGGCGGCCAGUUGAUCCUCCCUGAGAACGCGAAGACCACGUGCAACCUGGGGCGCGGCUCCCUCAUCGACUACGGGAUCUGCAAGAGCGGGUUCGGCGGCUCCCUCAAGCUCGAAGCCGUGCCCGAGGUCCCCUGGAAGACCCACGUGGGCCUCCUGCUCUCCAUGCGUGCGGGGAAGCAGCACUGGUGGCACCGUUGUAUGCAGUUGCCGAAGCAGCUCCCGACGGUGGGGCGACCAGUGAAGAAAGCGGACCCGAACAGCAAGCGCCAGAAGUCGAUAGUCGAGCGGCGCCAGCGCGCAAAGGCCAGACUCCAGGAGGAGCUCCAGGAUGCCUACGAAGAGCUCCACAGCUGGCCGACUACGGCGGACACUGACAGCAACGACUCGGUGACUUUCGACAUCCCGCUCGAAGUAUGGCGUGCCACAGCCGUCACGGUGGCAGGCCUGGGAGAGGGCAACGAGGGGAGGAAAAAGUACGCCGACUCGAACAACUCCCCCUCCUCCCACUUCCUGCUGACCCGCGACCCCGAGGCGCAGGAGCAGGUCGCCAGAGCGUUCGGCAACUGGGUGCAGACCGUAGAGAAGGCCACGCUCAAGCACCACGACAUCCCCGAGACCGACUGGAAGCAGUACGAAGGCAGGGCCAGCGAGUACAAGAUCACCUGGCUCAGGACCCGCGCUGCCCCAGCCCUUGCACAUAUGCGGGACCCGACGCUGGAAUGGUGGCACUUGGCCACGACGAUCAUCGCCAGAUACCAGUUAAUGAGGCGCAAGUUCGCGGAGCAGGACUAUGUGCACAUGGCAAACAGGAUGAAGGAGCUGCUGGACGCUGCCACCGAGAACAACUUCCUCGCCAAGUAUGCGGAGCCAGAUGAUAAGAGGGUCCUGGAUGACUGGACCAAGGCCAUCGCCGACUUGAGCGAGCAGCACAUCGACGCGCUCCAGGGCCUCCUGGAGAUCGGCCUGAGGUACCAAGCCCGUGCGGUAGGCAUCGGACUCGCCAACGGCAGGCGGGCUUUCGCCAGCUGGGUCACUCGCAUGUGGAAGCAGGCUCCAGGUGCGCUUCACCGACAUGUGAAACCAGCUGCCACUCGGCGAGACGAGCACUACGGGGACGAGGGCAGCACCUACGCCACACCGUGCGAGAUCAUGGACCGCCGCGCCGACUACUGGGAGAACGUCUGGUCCGACUCCAGCGCCGACCCCAAGAGCAUCCUCGACGGCCUGAAGUAUGUCACGGAGCAGGCCAAGAGGGAGGACGUUCACUUGCUCGAGCUGGAGGACCUCGACCGCCUGCUAGCGAAGCAGAACCCGAAGAAGCCCAGAGGUAUCGACAACCUCGGCCCGUUGGAGGUGCAACGACUUCCAGAGCCAGGACGCAGACAGAUGCUGGAAGUCCUCAACCUCUGCGAGAAGCACCUCAUGUGGCCCUACCAACUCUACACGGUCAUAG